AUGAAAGAAAACCCUUCGGCUUCCCGAUUUCAAGAAUAUCUGUCAGUAAAACGUCACAAGCGCUGCCGGCGACCUGCGACGGCGCAUUGCGUUCAAAGCUCGUCGGGUCAACAAAAGGCUCGCUUUGUCGAUUUGUUGCCUAGUCGUCAGCUCGCAGACUUUCUUGUCAAUCUGUAUCUCUCAACCUACGAGACCACGUUUCGGGUGGUGCACGUGCCCUCUUUUCUCCAAGAAUGGACAACCUUCUGGAACUCCGGGUUGGAAUUUUCGGACAGAUCCUGCGCGACUGAGAUUCUCCUUGCGAAAGCCUUGACAAUGAUGGCCUGCGCAAGUUGUCUCGCGGAUGACACUUCUCUUGUAGCCGCGGGCUCGGAUCGGACAUCACUCUCGCAAAUCUCCCAUAACUGGCUGCAAGCUGUAGCAUUGUGGUUGGGCUCGAUCCCAGAACAUGCUCGUCUCAAUCUCCACGUUAUGCAAGUCAAAUGUUUGUUGGUGACAGCUCGCCAAGCCAUCGCAUGGGACGGUGAUCUCGUCGGUGUAAUGGCAGGCUCACUGAUACGGGAGGCAGUGAUGAUGGGUCUGCAUCGCGACCCAACACUCUCCCCAAACAUGACCCCGUAUUGGGCCGAGAUACGCAAACGCCUAUGGUUGACUGUUGUUGAGAUUGAGCUUCAGGCGUCGCUACAUUUGGGCAUUCCUUUGGCGCUCUCGUGGGAAGACUUUGACUGCCCUCCUCCUUCAAAUGUCGAAGAUAAUGACUUUUCAUUCAGCUCUACCUCCAUGGCUCCGGAGCGAGGCAUUUCAAUUCUUACAAAGACCACUUUCCAGAUUGUUCUAGCACAGAGUCUACGAGUUAGGAUGGAAAUUGCCAGAUUGAUCAACCGCGCUCGGCUAGCCUUGAACCCGAAUGAAAUCAUGAGUCUCAGUGAUUCUCUGGCAAGGAGCUUGGCUGAAGCCCCCGCGCAGCUCCGCGAUGAUCCCGGGUCAGAUGACACCAGUAAAAAUGCUUUUCAAAGAUCAUUUUACCUCUUCCUCAUGUGGCGUUCCAUGCUGGCUCUUCAUCGGCCCGUAUUAUUGAACCAUGCCGAUGUGGAGAAGGAAAUCUACUCUGUCUCGCGAAUUAAUUGCGUCCAAGCUAGCGUGGCCUUGUUGGCGCAAUUGGAGUUUCUAUCGGAGAUCUCUGCUGAUAUGUCACCUCGCCCUGGUGAUAUCGUUCUCCCACACGUACUGCGCUUGAAAGGCGGGCUAUUUCAGGAUGAUAUUUUUCAUGCCGCGAUUACUGUCUGCUUGGAACUUCGUCUCCAGCUCAAGGACAGCCAAAUCUCGCUGCCCCCGGGCCUCAUCGCAAAUUUAGUCAGCCAAAGUGCGCUAUAUCAACGCAAGGCGUUGCUUCAAAGCAUCGAAAAUGCUCUAAGGUACUUCGAGAACAAGGUCCGAUCGGAGGCCCGCGCAUGCAAAACCUUCACCAUUCUAUGCAUACUCUACAUGACCUUAGAAACCAAAUUUGCCACAGGCUCUACGCCUGUGACCGGUGGAGGUGCACCAUCAACACAGAAGUCAUUGACUAUAGACGAGGCUUGCCCACUGGCUUCCCGUCGCUGCCUAGAUUUACUACAGAGUCACAAGCAUCAUCUCCACCAGGACCCCAGUCACGAUGCAAAUAACGACGCGCCUUCGUUGAAUGUGAGACAUUGUCAUAUUCCUCGGUAUCUGGCAUACUUUGUAAAAUCCGAAUGCUGA